CAUUCAAUUAGGUUGCAGCAACACACGUCAUCCGUGUCUAACCAUUUUGGUUCUUAAUGCAAUCAUGCAAACAGGUGAAAUUAAUAACCACAACCCAGUGGAGCUUCAAUAAAAGGCAUUUAGCCCCUGUCGAACGAUUUUAGUUCCUGAUAAUUCAUCGUUCGGAAAGGAUCAAACAGCAGCAUGUCCGCUUCCACAAGGGAAGCUACUCAUCUGAUUGGCAUAGUGCUAGUUUCGGUUCUCAUUUGGCCGAAUUCAAGCUGGGCAACGUUUAUGCCUGGUAGACCAGUAACUCCGCUGGGUGGAUUUUUCGGAAGCAGUGGCGGCGGAAGUGCCACAGAUGGAUUCCAUUCCGGAACGCCCAUUGGCGGGCCGGUAGGAGGCGGUAGUGCAAUCGUUUUUCCCGCACCGAACGAUAGAAGAGCAGCGUUUUUUGGACUACUGAAGCUACCAUAUAUUAUAUGCUACUAUGCAGCGAAUGGCAGGUGGCCAAAUUUUCCGCCACAGUUGCAAACGGCAGUACUUGACUUGGGAAGACACGUGUUCGCCAUGGACGAUUACGGACUGAGGAACUACUGUAGCAAAUUCUUCCGUUUCACCAUUGGACACAGACCUUGUUGUGCUACAUCAGUUUAUCCCAUAGCAAUUCUGCCUGGCAGUGGCCACGGUGGUCAGGUUGGUUUCGACGAAGUUCCCGGCAAGAAACCCGGUAAACGAUCUACGAAGAAACCAACCCCGGCUCCGGAUUCCGAGUUCAUUCCCGAAGCCGAACCGGAAGGUGGAGAAGAUGCAGAGGCUGAGGAACCGCAACCCGAAGAUGAGGCAGGCGCAGAUGAGGGUGAAGCCGCCGAAGGAGAAGACUACGACACUGGACGUUUGGUUGAUGGUCAUGGAGGAAAGGUACAACGUGCUUCGGAUUGUAAGGUAGACAAUAAGGAUUGCACGCCGAAAACGAUUCCCUUUGUGCCGUUACGUAACCAGAAGGACGGGAAACAGCUGAAGAAGAAUAUAAAUGAAACGCGGAAGCCUGUGAGUGGGAAUGAUGGUACAAGGACAAACAUUCCAAAAUGAGGGUAAUAUUCAGGAUUUGAUGUCAUGUGUUUUAAAAAGUUCAAAUAAAAGCGUAUUGAAGUUUGGCUUCGUUUAGCUUAUGAUUGCGAUGAGCCAGCCAUUUUGUGAUGCAGAAAAAUCAA